AUGUCGAAUAAGAGCCGCAAGGAUUACGAGGCGGAGGUGCGAUCUUGGGGUUUUUCCCACGUCUUCACCUGGACCGACGGCCCCAAUGCCUACUACAAGCCGCAUUCUCAUGCCGGCCUGACCACGCACCUGAUCCUGGAUGGCCAGUUCACCAUCGCAUACCCCCAGGAUGCCAAUCCGGAGAAGAAGACAUACACCGUCGGCGAUCGCGUUGAUGUCGAUGCUAAGCGCGUCCAUGAGGUUUGGGUAGGCGACAAUGGAUGUACCUACGUCAUCGGCGAAUAG